AUGCCGUCACAACCCACCAACGCCGGCAUCGUCACCGAUGAGUCCUCCGGCGAGCGCCACAUCCCCGAGUCUGUCCGCGCCGACGGCUCCACCCGCAAGGCCAUCAAGAUCAAGCCCGGUUACCGGCCCCCCGAGGACGUCGAGGUCUACAAGAACCGCACGGCCGAGGGCUUCCGCAGCCGCGCGGCAAAGGGCGGUGUGAUCGGGGCGGAGGCAGCAUCCGACGACACCGCCGCGCCAUCCACUGCUGGCUCCGCCGCCGCGAAUAAGAACGCCAAGCGGCGGGAGGCCCGGAAGAAGGCUAAGGCUGCGGAAGAAAAUGGCACGGCUACGGGAGGAUCAGAAAAGACGAACGGCAAUUCCGGGGCAGGAUCCGGGGAGAACGCGAAGAAGGGAGAGGGGCCCGCCGAGCCCGUGCUGGACCCCGAAGCGGAGCGCGAGAAGAAGGCGAGGAACCUGAAGAAGAAGCUCAAGCAGGCCCGCGAACUCCAGGACAAGAAGGAAGGCGGCCAGGCGCUGCUGCCGGAACAAAUCGCCAAGGUCAUCAAGAUUAACGAGCUGGUGCGGGAGCUUGCUGCGCUCGGGCUCGACGCCGACGGCGAGCCGCUUAAAAAGGAAGGCGAGGGGCUGGAGGGAGGUUCCAAGGAGGAGAAGGCGCCUGCCUGA